GUCACGUUUUGUCACUGUCAUUGAGAUGUGAUACGAGUUCUAUUACGAGAAAAUAUUUAUAAAAAUAAUAUUUUUAAGUUAAAUACUAAGAUUGCGGUACAAUAAACAAGUCAUAAUACAAUUUCAUUAAUUGUCAUUACAAAUUAAUUAACGCACACAUCACCAUGGAGGAAAAUAAGAAAGGUACUCAGACAACAAGUGUGGAAGAUCUUAAAAUUAAGGGCAAUGAAUGUGUUAAAGAAGGAAAAUAUAUUGAAGCUGUCCUACAUUAUACUCAAGCAAUUAAGAUGGACCCUAAUAACUACCUCUUAUACAGCAAUAGAUCGUUUGCAUUUCUGAAGUUGGAUCAGCAUUACCUCUCACUGCAAGAUGCAAAUGAAACAGUUAGGUUGCAACCUCAGUGGGCUAAGGGAUACUUUCGCCGCGCGGAGGUGGAAGCAGCUAGCGAACUUUUUGACGAAGCUAUAAUAUCAUACACAAGAGCAUUGCAGUUAGACCCUCACAAUGUGAAACUAAUGGAAUCUAUCAAAAAUAUCACAGACAUGCAGAAAAAGAAAAUUAGAGAUAGCCAGAAUAUAAUAUGGAUCUGUACUUGUGUGGGGCUUAUCUUCGGAAUAGGCAUUGUGGUGUUGGAUUAUAGUUUAACUACCAAUCCAACAUUAGCACAUCCAUUUAGCAUGUUAGCAUUUUCCUUAGCUCUGGCAGGAAUGGGCUGGGCAAUAGGAAAGAGUGUUACUCUGAUGAGUACAUGGAGUGCUGGCAAAUCUCUACAGCCUCCAGAUGACUUAGGUGUAAAUGACAAUUCAAAUGAAAAAGAUACAACAGUACCUGAGAAGAAAACGAAGUACAGUAAGGCCCAAGCUAGACAAAGAUAUAAGCAAGGAAAACUUUAGUUUUAAGAAUGUUCUUUAUAUUUGAGGAUACAAUUUUUAUAAGAUUUAUUAGGUUGUAAGCAUGUAUCAGUGGCUUGGUGAGGGUGUUAGGGUGUUGUGUUGUUAAAGGUUCUGCUAGUCCAAUGAAAUAAUGAUAGAAAUCCUUUUUUCAAAGACUUAACAAAAAGACAUUUUUUAAACUACAAUUAUUCAUCAAUUAUUGUUGGAAUAACAAUUAAGGUUUAUAAUAAAAUAUUUACCAUUUCCUAAAAAUUUAAUCCAUGUUUAGUAUUUUUAUAUAGUUAUGUUAGUUUUGUACUUAGAACAUAUUUGAAUUUAUGUUAAAUACUGAAAUAUUUAAACAAUCUGUUCACAAUCAGUAUCCCUAUAUUCUGGAUGUUUUAAAAGAAAAAUAUAAGACGAAAAUACAA